AACGAGACCCCAUCCUGUAUUACUUCGGGGUUCCUCACGGAACGCAACACAAAGUUAAGAACCCUAAAAAAACUAAAGACCAAAAAAAUGAAGCCCUAGAAAAGAAUCAGAGAAGCAGUUUCGCACUCCCUUACGUCUCAGUCUUUUUCUCUUAUCAUUGUUUUCGAUAAACCAUUUGCUGGUUCUGAACUCUAAUUUGCGUAUUUCGUUUUCUUUUAUUAUUUUAUCUCUGUUCGACAUUGUUUUGCUUCAGUGUUUUCAGGAGUAAAUUAAUUUGGGUGCAUUCGAUUUCGUAAUCAAGGUUGCAAUUUUCGACGCCUUUUUCUGUUUCUCCAUCUUCGGUAAUCGUUUUCCUCUACUCCUCCAGUUAGGGUUUCGAUUAACGAAGCGACGAAUUUUUUUCCCUCGAUUCUCCUCCAAUUAUCAUCACUGUUAAGGAAGGUGUUCAGUCAUUUAAAUUUUAGAUACAAUGUCGUCAAAUUCGAAAUACCCGAUUCUGGAUGAUAAGCCCAUUAAUCAGUGGAAGGUUACAGAGCUGAGAGAGGAGCUGAAGAAAAGGAAGUUAGCAACCAAAGGUUUAAAGGAGGAUUUAAUCAAUCGUUUGGAUGAAGCUAUUCGUGAGGAAAGGGAGGUUGCCGAGGCUUCCCCUGAACAGGAGGAGGAUGCUGAGGCUUCCCCCGAACAGGAAGAGGCUGCCCCUGAACAAGAGGCUGCUAAGGCUUCCCCUGAAAAGGAGGAGGCUGCAGAGGGUUUGCAGAAGGAUGAUGCUAAUGGUUUACACACUCAAGAAGAGGGGGUAAAAGAUUCUCAGACUGGUAAUGUGGAUGCUGAAGUGGUUGAUACAACUGCAAGGGAAAGCUUCCAAACAUUGGAAACUUCUGAAAAGGGGGAUUCUGGUGUAGUGGAACCAUUUGAAAAGGAAAAUGUAGUGAAGGUUCCAGAGGUUGUGGAUAAUGACAGUAUUAAGAAUGUCAAGCAGGACGGUGUCACUGACCCAGUUGACGAUAAUAAUACUGUUUCGGCCAUGGAUCUAGAUAGUGAACAUGCAGUUUUGCCAGCUGGCGCUGAAUCUGAUAAUGCAGGAGAGGAGGUAGUGGCCCAUCCUUCCACUAUGGAGACCACUGUGGAGACUACUGUGGAAACCACUGUUACGGUCACUGAGACUGUAGAAACAGAAGUAGUAGUCAGUGGUCAGGAUUCGUAUAGUUCAGAGAAGAAUAAUGAGGAUUCAGCCAUCAAGCUAGAGAACGAGGAAUCAAGAGCGCAGCUGGAUAAUGAGGAGUCAAAGCUCCAACUGGAGUGUGACCCGAAGCCUACCCGCGACGAUCUCAUGCCCAUCUCAUCUGCUCCAGAAAACCAGGUAUCUGAGGUCAACCCUAGUUUAGGGUCUCAAGUAAAAUCUGAUUCUUUUUCUACUGAUUCUGUGUCAAUUAAUGAAAAGAAUGAACUAAAGGAUACUAUAAUUGCUAAUAAUGUCAAAUUAGAACAAGAUAAUGUUAGGCCAGAGAUGGUGGAAGAACCAUCAUCCAGAAAUGACGUACCUGUUUAUGAUGAAUCGCAUUCAAUGGAUGUUGGAGGGAUGCAUGAAAAAAAGUCAUCUGUCGAAGAAAAUGACAACGAUGUUCCAAGUCCAGACUUGAACAAAACCAAUAGUAGUGAUGAUGUAGGGUAUCCAGAAAAGUUGAACUUGGACAGAAGUUCUGGUGAUGAUUCUAUGGAAGAGGACUUGCCUGAGACUAGGCAAUAUGAUUCUAAGUUUAAUGUUGAUGAACUUAGGGACAAAGUUGAGAAUACUGAAGUUCCUAUGGUCACUGAAGAAAGCAAACCAAUGGUUGAGGGAGAUGGUGUAUCCGCAAGAAAAAGUGAUACCCAUCAAGAUAUUGACAUUAGUCCUGUUUCCUUGACUGAGAAGCGAAAAUAUCCUGAACAAACAUUAGUAGGAAACAACGAGCCUGCAAAAAGGCAACGCAGGUGGAACACUGAUGCAAUUAAAGGAUCAGAUCUGCAAAGCACUACUCCCAGAGCCGCCAUUACACCCAAGGAUGGACAAACUGCUCUGAAGCGCAGCUUUUCCAGGUCUAAUUCCUCUGCAACUGAUGAUACACCUAAAGAACGCAUUGUUCCACCAUCACGAAGGACCCCGACUAAUUCCCUCAGGAUUGAUCAAUUCCUUCGUCCAUUUACCCUAAAAGCAGUGCAAGAACUUCUUGGCAAAACUGGGAGUGUCAGCAGUUUCUGGAUGGAUCAAAUAAAGACCCAUUGCUAUGUUACUUACUCGUCCACUGAAGAGGCUGUUGAGACACGAAAUGCUGUGUAUAACUUGCAAUGGCCUCCAAAUGGCGGGCGGCUCUUGGUUGCAGAGUAUGUUGAUCCUGAAGAGGUGAAAAUGAAGUUAGAAGCUCCUCCAACACCAACUGCCUCUGUAAACAGUGUUCCAACACUUCCUCCCGCACCACCUUUAUCACAGCCAGAGCCUUCCCCGCGUCAGCACAGGGAGCAGCAUCUUCCAGUUGCUCUCCCACCUCCACCACCAUUGUCAAGGCCCCCACCAGUUGCAAGGGAACGUCUUCCAUCGCCACCACCCCUUCCUGAGAAAGUGGAACCACCUAUUGUCACUCUGGAUGAUCUCUUCCGCAAAACCACAGCAACUCCUCGGAUCUAUUAUUUACCUUUGUCUGAAGAGCAAGUUGCUGCAAAACUCGCGGCCCAAGGGAGGGAGUGUACUGGUUUUCUCCAAACCUUGUGUUUCACUUGACAGUCACAUGCACCAGAUAAUGUUAGAUCUUUUUUAGAAGGGGUUGAUUAACAAACUUGUAUGUAAUGGAAUCAGUGAAGUUUACCAAAAUCACUGGCGUUGUGAUUUUGUUGACGCUCUAAUGUGCAGCUUUGGCCUUUCU